UGGAGCUUCAUUUUCAGCCUUUAUUGAUGCGUUGUUCUUCGGUCAUCAGACUCAUCCCGAAUUGAAGCACCGGAACCAUUUAGAAGGUAAGGUGCAAAAUUAUCGAGGAAGUUUCAGAUUGUGGCUUUCGCAUGUUGUCGGGACCGAUAUGAAUCUCACCUCAAUCUUACUUCGCCCUGCUGGACCCUCCACGAUCCGACGUGUGGGAUCCUAUAAUAUUGCGUCUGACGACCUGCGCCUGGCUGCCACGCUGUCUAAGCUCACCUCAACUUUUGGUACAACUUCCAAGGUUCAGCUUGGGCCGAUCAUGGGACUCUUGCAAUGAGAAAUGAGGUCUUCGCACCUCCAUUCCUUCAACAUCCUGCAUUUCCUCCUGGGUGCCCAACCGCUGCAACCAACAUGGGCGCGAACAGUUCCGUACCAGCGGACUACAAUGCGCCUGCGUACGGAAUUCUGGUCUUGGACAUCUUUCUGACGACAGCUGCGUUGGCUGGUCGUACCGUGUCACGAAAAAUGAUGAAGGCACGACCUGCCACGGACGAUUAUUUGGCAUAUAUUGCUUAUUCGGCCAAUCUCGGGCUACUCGUCUCAGGUCUACUUCUCACCGCUCACGGAGCACUCUCUCUAUCAUCCGUUACCACACAAACAGAAGAUGAGAAGCAUUUCGUAAGAUCUGUUUACGAUGGACUGGCGGUGCUCUACGUUUUCUCCAUUACCUUCAUCAAAUCCUCAAUUUUAUUUCUCUACCGGCGAACUUUUACUAUGCUUACGACCUGGUUUCGUUACGCUUGGUGGUCGACCUUCAUCUUAACCCUAUUGUGGACCGCUACAUGUAUCAUUCUAUUAGCAUUGCAAGGUGUUGACAAGCUUCCGAAAGGUGGAUUCUCGCGACUCGGCAUAUCUAUCACAGGAAUAGUCAACGCGUUCACUGAUUUCCUGAUAUUGGGACUACCGAUUCUCAUGGUUACGAGGAUGAAGCUACGAAAGAACCAGAAGAUUGCGCUUAUAUCAAUUUUCUUGGUUGGGGGAAUUGCUUCCAUCGUCUCGAUCAUCCGAGGCACGAUAUUCUUCAUCAACCGCGAAUACCAACUCAACGAAGCCUACUCAAACUACCUCGAUAUCGUCCUCACCGCAACGGAGAGCUCAGCCGGUUUUAUGUGCGCGUGCUUCCCUCUCAUGAAACCAGUUAUCAUUCACACAACACGAUGGGUCCAGCAGUUACGAGGAGUGGAAACGGGCCAUCAAGGGUGGACAACGCUUUCAAAUUCGGAGGGAACAGCGAAGGGCCCUCCAAAGACGGAGAAGAGCAACCGGGCGCCAAACUGGAAUGACGACUACGAGAUUCAGCUUCUUCCGGUAAAGCGACUGGGAGAUGACAGGGGUAGGACGGUUACAGAUUCGCCUGUGAAUCUGGAAUCGCAGAUGCCGUGGGAAAUGAGAGAUCAUAGAUGACAGAUGAGGGAUAAGAUAUGAGGGAUGAGAUAUGAGGGAUGAGACAUGAGAGAUGAGAUAUGACGGACGAGAUAACGACGCAUAUCAUGAGUUGGAUGAAGGUCAUGGUUUCACUUUUGGAAGGACUGGUUCCUCGAGUAAUACGCAGAUACCCUCUCACCGGUUUGUUUUGUAAAGUUUUCUAUUCAUAUCGAUCCCGA